UUAGAUCAUCCCCAUAAUGCACGGCUCAAUCCUCACCGCCGCUACUAUCGGUCUUGCUGCCCUCAGCGCAUCUGCCGCACCAGCCACUCGGGACUACAGCGCGCCGAACUCUGGCAGCAGCUCUGGUUCUCCCUUCCCUUUCGCUGAUGGCUUCCCCACCCCGAGCCCCGAACAAUUACAAGAGAUCUUCGUCGAGGCUCAUGGUACUCUUUCGAAUGCCACGCCUCCUGCAAACAUCUCCGCACAGGGCCUCGUCAACCUCCGCCUCAUCGACUUUGCCGAACGUAUCGAGUCUGUCUACUUCGAGGAGUUCCUCGCCAACGUGACCAACCACGUGCCGGGAUAUGAAGUCCCGUCUUGGGUCGACUACGACUACCUUGUCAACUUCCUCACGGUCACCCAACACGUGGAGGAGCUGCACAACCUGAACGCGGUCAAUGCCCUCGCACACUUCAACCAAACCGCGAUCGAGCCUUGCACUCGGUACAACUUCCCCGUGUCCACCUUCGAGGAAGCUGUCACGCUCGCGAUGACUUUCACCUCGAACGUCUUUGGUGUCCUUGGCGAUGUCGUGACGCUCUUCGCAGAGAACGGCGAUGCUGGCCUGACACGUGGUGUUGUGGCUGCUGUGGCUAACGAGGGCGAGCAGAACGGCUUCUUCCGGUACCUCCUCGGUCGUGUGCCUGACGAGCUUCCGUUCACCACCGCCUCGAACCGUGACUUCGCAUUCACCGCGCUGCAAGGAUUCGUUGACCCUACGAGCUGCCCCAAUAUCGACAUCAUUGCUGCCGACUUGAAGACGUUCGAGAAGGUCACGUUCAUCGACACGCCCAUAGCUAAGACUGAGGACGUCCGCCUCUCGCUCGCUAAGGACAAGUACGAGUCUGGCAAGGCAUACAACGUCGUCUACGUAAACCAGCUGAACAACCCUGUGGUUGUCCCUGCUACCUACGUCUGUGCCGAUGACACCACUGUUACAAUCGAGGCUACCUUCCCCUUCGACGAACACCUGAUGAACGGCCUGACGAUCGCAUCUGUCACUGACCAGGCCGGUCCGUUCGCGAACGUCGAUGCUGUUGCUGCUGCUGCCAUUUGGGCACCGGCUUUCGUGGUUGUCAACUAAUCAUGCUAAGUAUGACCCAUUCAUUUGUACCCUUCGUAUUAUGUACUCGCGGACACUGUUGUAUCACAUUGUUAUUAGCUAGAUCUUGCAAUCAAGGCUGAUAUGAUGUUAACC